CCAAUCAACCGCUCCAAGGAUCAAAGGAGAUGUGCUCUUGCGCGCGACUCCCGCACCCCGCCUGCAAACCCAAACCAGCGCCCGCGCCCGCGCCCGCGCCGCCGCCUCCAAACCUCAGUCCCAAACGCGCCACCACCACGCGCGGCCCGCGCCCGUCCCUCCGCACCCUCGUCGCGCGCGCGGCGCCGCGGCGGGACGACGCGCCGGCGCCGCCGUCCACCUUCGACUUCCUCGCUCUGAAGCGGGAGCUCGAGGAGGAGGAGGAAGGGGCGGCGAGGGAGGAGGUAGCGGUUGAGCCGAGGGAGGGACGGGGCGUAGAUGGGGCUGCCAGUGAGGACGGUGGCGACGGGGAGGCGAAGUGGAGCGGCGGUGGAGAGAGCGGCGGCAGGAGGAAGAGGCGGCAAAUGGCGAGGCGGUCGGGGCUGCUCGCGAAGCAGGUUAUCAGCGUCAGCUCGGCGCGGAGCCUCGGGUUCGUGUCGCAGCUCUGGGUCGACGCCGCGUCGUGGAUUGUUGCAUUGGUUGAAGUGAGGCCAAGCUUGCUUUCAGGAGAAGCUGAGAAAUUCCUUUUUGAGGACAUAUAUCAGGUUGGAGAUGUUGUGCUUGUUGAGGAUGAAACUGUGGUGGAGAAUGAGUUUAAACUGAUUGGACUGCACAGCUUGGUGGGCUAUGAUGUUGUUACAUCUAGGAGGCGUAAUGUUGGUAAGGUGCGUGGCUUCACCUUUGACAUCAAUUCUGGUGCUGUAGAGUCUCUUGAGCUUGACUCAUUUGGGAUUUCUAUUGUCCCUGCUAGUCUGGUAAGCACAUACUGUCUGUUUGUUGAAGAUGUGCUUGAUAUAGUUUCUGAUACAGUAGUGGUGCAUGAAGAUGCGAUAUCUCGGGUUCAAAGGUUAACACAGGGUAUCUGGGGCACACAAAAUAUCCAAGGACCUGGUGGUCAGAUGGAUGAGUACGGUAGAUACCGAAGGAGAGGAGCUCGGCCUGUUCAGAGACAAAACAGUCCUCGAAAGUCCAAUGGCCGAAAAUUCCAUAGGAAAAUGAGGACCCGGGAUGAUGAGUGGGAACUACCAAUGGACUAUUGACAUGUGAUGCUCGCUGGAGCUUCAGGCAGAAUUUUGUUCUCCUGCUCCAGCUAAUGCUUGUCACUUUGUCAGGCACCACGGUAGUAUAUGGCUUUAGUUAGUUGUAGAUAUUGGAGGAACACGAAAGGGUUUCUUUGGCUUGGUGGGUUGUUGAAAAGCGAAUUCAUUUGUAACACAUUGAUGGAAUUGAACCCCUUUUGACUCUACUGGCAGUGAGAAUGCACAAGUAAUUGUGAAGUGGUAAUGCACUCU